AUGAGUCAAGGGAGCGGAGAUGCGGCUGACAAGAAGGGUGAACCGCCACCAUCCAAGAUUGAGGCAUUGGAUGGCUCCAACUACGAGGAAUGGAGUGGGCGGAUGAGGAGCGUCUUCAAGCGCUACAAGCUGCUGAAACUUGGAAUGGGAGAAGAGAAAAUGCCCGAGGAAGGAGAUGCUCGGGAUCGGUGGAUUGAGCGGAGCGCGGUGUUGUUCGACCUCAUCUUGCAAUCGGUCAACAACGACAUGUUCCAGCACAUCAAGGACUUGGUUGUGUUGGACGACUCCGGUCCAAAGGCAUGGAAGCUACUGCGUGGCGUGAUUCAGCCCAACACGCUGCCCAUGGUGAUCGUGCUCGAGAAGGAGCUGGCGGCCAUCUCCAUGCGAUCGGGAGAUGAUGUGAAGCCGGUCCUUGACAAGAUCAAGGACACCUAUGCGAGGAUGGCAGCGGCGGGCUGCAAGGUGUCGGAGAUGCAGCAGUGCACCAAGAUCAUCUCGGUGCUCGACAACUCGUGGGAGAACCUCAUCCCCACCCUCAAUGUUCAGCAGGACAAGUGGACGCCUGAGUGGAUACGUGCCAGAUCCUGCAGGAGGACUUCCGCAGGCGCCACACAGGAGGUGGUGCUGCCAACAAAACUGCUGAGGGGUAUGGAGCUGCAGGAGGAAGCAGAGGAAGAGGGGGUGGGAGAGGCCGAGGCCGUGGGAGAGGCCGAGGCCGUGGGAGAGGCUUUGGCAGAGGGAGAGGCCGAGGUGACUACAAUACGGGGCAUGGGAGCUCUGGUGGCAGGGGGAGCACUUGAAUGGAGGGUGCAUGUUGGUACUGCAAGAAGGCUGGACACCCAUGGUUCAAGUGUUUCAGCCGACCUGAGGGAUGGGCAUGUGAAAGGGAGUGAGGGUGAUGUGGGUUCGGUUGGGAAGGUUGUGAUGCACCCCCUCACUCACUGGGUGAUAGAUUCAGGUUGCACAAGUCACAUGACCCCACGGGCAGAUUUGCUUGACGAGGUAAAGCCCCCUGGGAAGAUCAAAUUUGUGGCUGCCGCUUCAGGUGCUUUACUCCCUAUGAUGGGUGUUGGGAAUGCCAAGGUGAUGGGAGCCAAUGGGGAGCUUGUGGGACUGGGAAAUGUGCUGCUAGUUGAAGGUUUGUCCGCUAACCUCCUCUCUGUGCGCCGGCUGCAGAAAAGCAAGGCCAAAGUUACGUUCGGCCCAACCAGCUGCCGUGCAAAGCUUGGGAAGUUGCUGCUGUGGGAUUUGGAGGAGAAGAGCAGCUACAUCAAGGACCUGUGGCAGCUGCCCAUCAUCCCUUGGAAUGGGAAACCUCCAGCAACGGCAGCGGCAGUAGCAACUGCGGGAGGAGAGGAGACUGCACCAACUGAUGGGGCCCUGGAUGCAGUCAAGAAGGUGCAGCAGCCACAACGUCUACAUGGUGAGGUGCUUGCUGGUGUGGAUGCAACAGCUGCAUGGGCAAAGGCUUCAUCUGGGAGUGGUGAGGCCGAUUGGGAGACGUGGCACGAGAGGUUGUGUCACAUCAACAUCCCUAUGCUGCAGAAGUUGGUGAAGGAUGGGAGCUUGAAGGGAUUGGAGCAGCAGCACGGGACCAGCCAAGGACCACCAAGUUCCCCUUUAGCCAAGGCACCACUUGCGCUUGUGCACAUGGAUGUGGUGGGCCCCACUAGGGCCCUUUCUCUCUCGGGCAGCCGCUACUUCUUGACCAUUGUGGACGACCACACGCGUGCGGUGUGGGUGUACCCUCUGAAGACUAAGGGGGAGGUGGCAGCGGCUGUUCUUAAGGAGUGGAUGCCGAGAGCUCAAAGGGAGAGCGGACACAAGGUGAAGGUGAUCCGCACCGACAACGGGGGAGAGUUCAUUGGCGCUGAUUUUGAGGCGGUGCUGAAGAAGAAGGGCAUUCAGCAUCAGCUCACAGUGCCCUACAACCCGCAGCAGAACGGCGUGGCUGAGCGGUUCAACCGGACCCUGCAGGAAGGUGCUCGCACUCUCCUUGGGCGCGCAGGGCUGCCGGAUCCGUUUUGGGUGACUGCACUGAGGCAGGUCGCACUUUUGAAGAACAAACCGGGUGCUGGCGACUGUGGGGGACAAGCAGUGGGUCCCCUACACCAAGUGGUAUGGGAGUGCACCAGCAGUCAACAUGCUGAGAGCCUACGGCUGCAUGGUGGUGUUUCAUAUGCGAAGGAGAAGAGGGGAAAGCUGGAAGCUUCUGGGAGAUUGGGUGUGGACUUGGGCCUAGCUAAGGAUCAUAAGGGCUGGAUUGGAAGCAGCAGCAGCAGAAGCUUCCUACUACACCGCUGA